AUGAACCUCAAUUACAUCCCGACCACGCAGUCCAUGUCGGGAACUUCGACGGGGCGCAGUUCUCCGAGUGAUCUGUCCUCGUCCGCCGUGAAGUCGCCGUUUGGGUCCUCCAACGGGCUGAAUGGCGCCGCAGGAUCGAUUGGAAGCGCGAGGUUAGGGGCUGGAUCCCCUUCUCAUGACCUUGGUGCUCGCCUGUACUCAAAGAGGGCACGAGAAAUCCAAGCAGAAGAAGGCGUUGGCCCUAGUAUUUGGGGUCCUCCCACCAGUGGCCAUUCCACCCCCCUCCGCGAGAACAUUCCUGAAUCACCAGGCCAAGAAGGGUUUCCAGACCUGGUCCCCACCUCCAGUGGCUCGAUCAGCAGCCCUGGCCGGAGAGCUCGAGCUGGCACCGUUCCCUCUAGAUUCUCGCCCGUUGGUGUGCUCAACGAGGCGAACCUCCAGCAGCCCUUCAUGCCCCAGACCUCCCGACCCACACCCUCCACGAGCCCUUUUCGCCCGACCGGCGUUUCCGGAGUUGACACGGGCGCAGCGACCGCAACCGCUACUGCCGGGCCCCGGGGUACUGGAUCUUUAUCACGUCUUCGAGCGGGAUCCAUGCCCCAGAGGACUAACUAUUUGGGGUCGUCCAGCCCCUUCGGGCCCUCUUUGUUUUCUACCAGCUGGUCUACCGGCCGUGAGCGAGCCACUACUCUUACGAGCAUCCGCUCUUCCGAAGGACCCGCCUCUCCUAGCCAGUCCUCCUUCUCUAGGGAUGGGCUCGCAGACACCGAUGUGAAGACACUGGACUAUCUGGGUCUCGCCGAGACCCCGCAGCAAGCACGAGCCACGCUUGUGCGACCGUCGGUGGAUGUCCUUCUCCAACAGCAACAGCAACAACAGCAACAGCAGCAACAGCAGUCCUCUCUGCCCCCGCUAUUGGCGGAACUCGCCAUGAUGAAGAGCAACAACCGGAUUAGAUCCUAUUCCGUGAAUGCCAAGGAGAAAUAUGCUGAUGACGAGGAUCUUGAAUAUGAAAACCGCUACUCGCAGAUCCCGUCGGGCGCCGUCACGCCGUCAGCUGCUGCCACGGCCGCCCAGUUGGCUGCCACCCAAGCUCAGAUCCACCAGCACAACCUCGCUGUGCAGGCGUUUGCAAAUCAUGCGUCCGUCAAUCGACCUCGGGCGCGGACUGCUGGCAUCUUGGAGGCACCCCCUCAGCGAUCUUCGAUUCGCAACUACCUUGCGACCCCCUCGCGCCUUGAAAAUAGCUUCAGUGCUGCGGAUCUUAACAUCGCGGAGAAUGGAGAGUACGAUGAACUUUCGGAAGCCGUGCAAAUGAUGCAACUGGGAGGAAGUGGCGCCGGCAACCUGGGAAUUCGGCCAGGUCUGGACGUGACGGAUGAGAACAAUCAGGACGGACCGACCCGCGCUCUAUGGAUUGGUAGCAUUCCUGUCUCGACUACCAUCACCUCGUUGGCAGCUAUCUUCAGCCGAUAUGGCAAAAUUGAGUCCACUCGAGUGCUGACCCACAAGAACUGCGGUUUUGUCAACUUCGAGCGCAUCGAGAGUGCUGUUCAAGCGAAGUCGAUGCUCAACGGCACCGAGAUCUUCCCCGGUGCAGGACCGGUUCGAAUCGGCUAUGCUAAGGUCCCCGGUACCUCCGCGACUGGUACCCCUGGAGCCAACGGCCUUCAGUCUUCUCCCACUCCGGACUCUAGCGCCAAACUCAAUGCCGCCGAUGGACUGGAAAGAGCUGAUGACGGGGCUAGUGUUCCUCAUAUCCCGCCUCUCCCUGAGCUUCAACCCGAAAUGACGCAGAUUGUCAAGGAGUUUGGCGCCAACGAUGAAGAUACACUGAACAUCAACGCUAGUAUUCAGCAAGCAAUCGCUUUUCAAUCUUUUGAGGAUGAAAUCCCCCCUAUCCCCGAACCUAGCCAGACCAGAAUGUUUGACGCUCCCCGCCUUCGUGAUAUCCGGAAGCGCAUCGAUAACGGGGCGUGUUCCGCCCAGGAAAUCGAGGAGACUGCGGUUGCGAUGCUCCCUGAAAUCGCGGAACUCGCUUCAGACUACCUUGGAAACACCGUCGUUCAGAAGCUUUUCGAGUUUUGCUCGGAGCCUACGAAAGAACAAAUGCUUGUGCCAAUCGUGCCUCAUCUUGCUGAGAUCGGUGUUCAUAAGAAUGGCACCUGGGCAGCUCAGAAGAUCAUUGACGUUGCUCAAACGCCUGCCCAGAAGAAGAUGAUCAUGGAAGCUCUUCGCCCUUACACCGUACCCCUGUUCCUUGAUCAGUACGGAAACUAUGUUCUGCAGUGCUGCUUGCGUUUCGGUCAUGGCUUCAACGAUUUCAUCUUCGAGACCAUGUUAAGCCGAAUGUGGGAAGUUGCCCAGGGACGAUUCGGGGCUCGCGCAAUGAGAGCUUGCUUGGAAAGUCACCAUGCUACCAAAGAUCAGCAGCGCAUGCUCGCGGCUGCUAUUGCCCUUCACAGCGUGCAGCUUGCUACAAAUGCCAAUGGGGCUCUGCUGCUCACCUGGUUCCUGGAUACGUGCACGUUCCCACGACGUCGAACUGUGCUUGCCCCGAGGCUUGUGCCUCACUUGGUGCAUCUCUGCACCCACAAGGUCGCUUAUUUGACCGUACUCAAAGUGAUCAACCAGCGCAACGAACCCGAGGCUCGUGAAGUUGUUCUGAAGGCUUUGUUCUUCAGCCCCGGUGACGAGGUUUUGGCGAAGAUCUUGAGUGACCAGACCUCCGGAGCAACUUUGAUCUUCAAGGUUUUGACUACGCCAUUUUUCGACGAGUCUAUGCGCGCGGAGGUCGUGAAGAACGUUUCGAAGGUGCUUACCAAGUUGAAGGCCACCCCCAGCCAAGGCUAUAAGCGUCUGAUGGACGAAGUUGGUCUUUCCUCUCGUGGAGGUGCCCGAGACAAUCACCAUGGACGGGACCACGGUGCCAAUGCGGAAAAGCAGCAGCACCGCCCCACGUCGCGACAGACACCCUCCAGCUACCCCCAGCAACCAGCCAUGGACAGGCAAUUCAACGGGCAAUUCCCUCCCAGCAUGCUUGCGCAGAACUUGGAUUCUGGUAGGCCCCUGGCUUCGGAGCAGCCCCAAACCGCUUCGCCGUUUGACCCUUACUCCGUCAGCGGGGUGAAUGGUCUCAACUCCCUCAACGGACUGGGAGGCCUGAAUGGCACUGGCUUCGCUCAGGAUCCCCUGAUGUCGUUGCCCCAGCAGCAGGCCCAAUACCAGGCUUAUCUGGCCGCGCAAUCCCGGGGCGUCUCUCCCGGCGGUCUGUACCCAAGCCUGGGUAACUCCAGCUUUGGAUAUUCCGGUGGAUCGCCUUCCGUUGACACUCUUCGGGGAAUUCAACCCCCAGGCGCUCCCUUGUCCGGAGCUGCCCCCGGCUCCAUGCUCAACCAGCCGGGCUUUGCCCCUCAGCAAUUCAGCCCCGUCAUGGGAGGGAACCAGAUGUAUCAAUAUCCUCCACAGUUCGGUUACCAGGCGCAGCAAGCCCCGGGUCAGCCCGCUGGAGGACGGCGUGGACGGCGGUGA